UAAAUUCUGAACAGAAAUGGAGAUAAUCAAAGGUGAUGGUGAAAGUGAUGAUCUUUGUUCUGUUUUCAACCCUCUCUUAGCCUCCUUGUUUGCAGAUAAACAACAAAUAGUGUGGAAAAAUUAAAAUAAUUGUACCAUAACAAAAUUCAGACUGAAACUGGACAAUUUUUCGACGUUGGUUCGUUCGAUUUUUCAAAACUAACAUCACUUUCCCAAGUUAUAGGAAGAAAGAAUACAAUGUGGCCUCCAAAGGGACAUUGUACGACGAAGAAAUGUAGUGGAAAUGGGCUAGUUGCAGUUGCUAUAGACAAGGACAAAGGAAGCCAAUAUGCUAUAAAAUGGGCACUUGAUAAUCUUCUCACCAAGGGCCAAACUGUUAUAUUAAUCCAUGUUCUCCAUAGACCAUCGUCCUCUCAUCAAAGCCAUAGCUUUAGACAAGUUCAUGAUGUAAAUUCAUCAACACCUCAUAAACUUCAACUUGAGAGGCAAAGCAAAGAUCUCUUCCUCACUUUUCAUUGCUACUGUACGCGGAAAGAUAUAAAUUGCUUGGAUGUGUCACUGGAGGGCCCGGAAAUUGCAAAAACAAUAACAGAAUAUGUUACUUAUAGUGCAAUUGAGAAUCUGGUUCUUGGUGCCCCUUCUCGGCAUGGAUUUAUGAAAAAAUUCAAGGCUGAUGUUCCUAUGAUUGCGUCGAAAGCAGCACCGGAUUUUUGUAAUGUAUAUGUCAUUGGCAAGGGGAAAAUUUCUUCAAAACGAAAUGCUUCUCGUCCAGCCCCAUUCAUCUCCCCACUAUUGCAUCAACUAGAAGCUCAGAAUGAUCAUUCUGAUGCACAUUCUGUUAAGAGUUUAAAAGACAGGACAGCCUCCAGGCCUCGUGACUCACCUGAAGAGUCUAUCAAGUCACCUUUUAUGAGAGGAAGAAUGCAAAGAAGGUCGUUUCAGGCCUUCUUAGAGCCAGACAGCGAUAUAUCAUUCAUUAGCUCUGGCAGGCCAAGCACUGAGCAUAGCUUACCGAUGGCCUAUGAUUUCAUUGAUGUAAGCCAACCGGCAAGGCUAUCAGCCAGCUCAGAACUUGGCUAUGGAUCACAGAGUUUGGGAAUUAAAUUUAAUGACAGAAUUUCGCACGAAUUCUCUUCAAUUUCACAGGAAUGCUCGGAAAGUGGAACAUCAUGCUCAUUCUCAUCCCAGAACUUGGUAAGCCUUAAAUUUGAAUCUUCGACAAGUGAACCCACAGGCAUACUUGGUAAGCUCUAUGAAUGUAUUGCAAUCUUACAGGAUGAAGUGGAAGCUGAAAUGAGGCGGUUAAAGCUGGAGCUAAAACAAACAAUGGAUAUGUACAGUACGGCCUGCAAAGAAGCUCUUCUAUCAAAACAACAAGCAAUGGAGCUCCAACGGUGGAGACUUGAAGAGGAGCGAAGAUUGGAAGAGGUACGGCUUGCAGAGGAAACUGCUUUGUCACUUGCAGAGAAAGAGAAAGUUAGGUGCAAGUCUGCAGAGGAAGCGGCAGAAGCAGCGAAAAGAAUUGCAGAGUUGGAAGCGCAAAGAAGAUUGAAUUUCGAGAUGAAAGCUAUGCUGGAUCAAGAGGGCGCAAUUGAUCUCAGAUAUAGGAGAUACACUAUAGAUGAAAUAGAAACAGCAACAGAAUCCUUCUCCGAACAUCUUAAGAUUGGCGAAGGAGGCUAUGGCCCUGUAUAUAAGGGCUAUCUUGAUCACACCCCAGUUGCAGUCAAGGUUCUACGCCCUGAUGCCGCUCAAGGAAGGUCACAGUUUCAACAAGAGAUUGAAAUUCUUAGCUGCAUAAGGCAUCCGAAUAUGGUGCUCCUUCUAGGAGCCUGCCCAGAGUAUGGCAUAAUUGUAUACGAGUACAUGGCCAAUGGAAGCUUAGAGGAUUGCCUCUUCCACCAAGGAGAUAAGCAACCGAUUUCCUGGCAAAUCAGGUUCCGAAUUGCAGCAGAGAUUGCCACAGGCUUACUCUUUCUGCAUCAAACCAAACCCGAGCCAUUAGUCCACCGCGACCUCAAGCCUGGCAACAUAUUGCUAGAUCAAAACUAUGUUAGUAAAAUUGGCGAUGUUGGAUUAGCCAGGCUUGUACCAGCCGUUGCCGAGAAUGUAACACAAUACCGAAUGACAGCAACAGCUGGGACAUUCUGUUAUAUUGAUCCUGAGUACCAGCAAACCGGAAUGCUGGGUGUAAAAUCAGAUGUUUAUUCACUAGGAGUGAUGCUUUUGCAACUGGUAACGGGUAAGCCCCCAAUGGGAUUGACACACUAUGUUGAAACAGCUAUUGAGAAUGGAACGUUAAGCAAAAUGUUGGAUCCGUCUGUGGCUGAUUGGCCGAUGGAAGAAACCCUUUCCUUUGCAAAGCUAGCAUUGCAAUGUGCAGAGCUUAGAAGAAAAGACAGGCCAGAUCUUGGCAAGGUUGUGUUGCCGGAGCUGAACACACUGAGAGAAUUUGCUGAAGAAAAUAUGAACUCCUUACCGUUGGAAGGUGACAUAUUAAUAGUGACACAGGAUGAAGUCCCAAAAAGCCAAUCAAGCACAUCGUCAGACAUGGAAAAACCACCAGAAUCAACAGAAGAAGCAUCUGAUGGAGGAGACUAAGAGAAGCUCGGUGUUACAUUGAUGGAGCAAAGGCUAAAUGUAUCUUGAGAGUUGAAGAGUAAUUUUUCAUGUAUAUAUUCAGCAUGUUGUAGAUAUGUAGGAAGCAUGAUGAAUGUCCACCAUGCUUAGGAUACUCAGCAAAAGCAAAUAGUGCCAUCUACGUAUUCAAGAACCUUGCUCACAAAUGCGGCUAUUAU